GGCUAAUUAGAAAUGAAGUGUUUCCUUUCGCUUUAAUAAGACCGCUUCAUAGUGGAAAGCAUGUGGCUCACCGCGGAAACGAGUUUCACUCUGAUGUAACAUAACGCUAGGUUUGACUCAAGGGGUUUAUUGUAAGUUAGGAAAUACUGGAAAUCCUAGCUACUUUCAGUAAGACAGAUAGAGAAGAAUUUCACCAUUCUUGAUGUUAUGAGGUGAACACACAACACAGUUAUGCUGUUUAAAGCCUGACAGGAGACGCAAGAGUAAACUUUUGUCAACAUUAACGCUGAAGUGAGGGACUUUUAAUGAUCCUUAGAGCCAUGUAUUCCAUUUUAAUAAUCAACAUAGUUUAAUGUCUAAUGAUAUCUUAUAUUUUCUUAUUUUUAAACAAAGUAAUAGUUCAUAUUCAGCAACUAUCAUAUAUUCUGAGAAUGGACGAUUCAAAGCCAUCACCAUUUUUAACAUCACUGUUUGCUUUACUGACUGUUGUUGUUCUGGGGGUUAUAAUUGCUGCCAUUGGAAUUGGGGCUUACUUUCUGAGAGACUGUCCUGUCCAGCCCUACAUCCCAGUCUACCUUAUAGUAUUUGGUGUAUUUGUUUUGCUUGUUCUGAUAGUAAGCCUGGGCUUAUUGUGUGGUACACUUGCAAAGGAUGCCUUUGAGUUGCUGCUGUUGUCUAUCCUGAUCAUCUCCGUCAGCGCUAUACUCUACCUAUUUGUUGUCUGCUGGUUCAUCACAGGCAGUGUCUGGAUAUAUUCUGUACAUCCUCCAAGUUAUGACCCAACAAAUGGACAGAACUACUGCAACAAAACUCUCUACCUCUUUGCAUUCUGGUUGAAUACAGUCUGUUAUGGCUGUUUGGCUGUCCUGCUGCUGUGUAGUGGAUGUUCAGUGGUUUAUAUCUGUGUAAAGAAUACUUGCCAAAGGCCACAGUCAUUGGCUUCAAACUCUCAGCAACAAGCAUAAGAUAUUUUGGAAUAUGCAUGAUUUAAUUUAAAUCACAAUUUAAUUAUACAUUUGAUCAGUGUGUUCCCCAAGAAUCAAAUCCAUGACCUUGAUAUUAUAUCCUAUUUUCUAGUACAGGGCUACAGAAAAUCAGCUUUUUUGAGAUCACCUGUAUAAUUAUAUAUUUACCUCCAGUUCAAAAUCAAGGCCUAGACUUGAAGAUAAUGUACAGCUCAACUUGAAAAAUAUCAAUAUAAAUCCAAUAUAUACUGUCACCGCAAUGUGUAAUAUUCAUACUACUCAAAUUUUGUUAACCUAUUUUUUUAUAUAUAUAAAUAAAAAUGUACAUAGAGGCAAAAAGGUGGUUGCUAUGCUUCAGUUUGGGUUUGCAAAAACAGUUUCUCAACAUUUUGCCAAAGGAAGUGUUUUAAAGCUACUGGCUGAGUCUGCUGACCACAGAGCUGUGAAAACAUACUGGUUGACUCCGAGCAGCUCUGUCCGCUUUAACUUCAAUAUUCUGUUCACAUCUUCAUAAUAAAGCUAAUUUCGGGAGAGAUCUCCUCAUAUUUGAAAGCCUAUGAGGCCAUUUUUAUUUUAUUUUAUUUAUUUUUCUAAUAUAAAAAUUACAUUCUUAUGAACUAUUUAAGAAAUUAUUGAAGAUGGAGACUACGGAGACAGCUGCCAGAAAAUCUUUAAUUGUGAUGAUAAACAUGAUUGCAUGGAUGAUUUUAAUAACAGCUACUGGAUUAGGAGCAAGUCAUUUUCAUGAGUGCCCUGUUCAGCCAAACCUCUCCAUCUAUGUGACUGUGGCUGGAGUGACUGGUUUGCUUUUACUGUUGGUCAUGUACCUGAGGAACACUUUGGAUGACUGUCUACUGGCACGGUUCUGCAGUGCCUUCAGCUUUAUGCUCUUCAUAUUCAUUGUGUGCUGGUUCUUUGCUGGUACCUACUGGAUUUACUCCAUAUAUCCUCCCAACUAUGCUCCCACCAGAGACCACUGUCAGAGAACCCUGUAUUUGUUUGCAUUUUGGAUUAACAAUCUGGGCUUUCUUUGUGUGUUCAUACUGUGUCUUUUUGGUUUGUAUAUCAUUUUGAAACCUAUGCUUUCUUCACCAAUAGAGCAGUAUGCUCAAUAAAUUCCAGUGAUGCUCUGAAAAUGCCCUGUAUUAUUUAUACUGAGUGAUCUUAUUAAAUGCAUUUUUAACCCUCUGACCAUCUUCGUUUGGGAGUCACACUUACCUUCUUCGCGGUUAAAAGUGACCGAAGCCUUGAAAUGUUACUUUUUUUUUCUUCAGGAAAAUCAAUGUAAUAUAUUUUUGUUCAAUAAUAUUUUUUUAUUAUUAUAUAUGAUUUUUAGGGAAUUUUAUGAUACUAUGCAAUAUUUAUACAAUUAUAAUUAGCUAUUUUCUCCAUUAGAAUUCAUAUUUUUUUAUCUCUUUAUUUAUUUACAUUUUUUUUUUUUGUAAAUGCAAUUGUUCACAUUAAAAUAGAGUGAAAGCAUUUAAAAUCCAUUUUUUUAUGUGAGGGCCAGAGGGUUAAAAGUAGAAAUAGAAAAAUAGAAAUUCUUCUAUUUUUUUUUUUUUUUUUAAUAUGUCAGUAUAUAUUUUUUCAUAGAGAACAGUUGUAAAUAUCAAAAUUAAAACGCGUGCUAAACUAUUUAAAAAUACGAUUUCUUUUUUCAUGUAUUUAUGAAUUGAGAGGGUUGUUAGGGUCGUUUUUGCCCCGCCCACAACACUUGCUCGAGGUCACUUGUCCUGUCACAGCCCCCGUCCAAAAAAUGUCGUUAUCUCUGUCGAGGUAAAAACAACUGUUCAUAAAACUGCGGUGUAUUUUGAAAAUAUCUAGUCCAGGGUAACAAGACGGUUAGUUAUGGCCGUUGCGGAACUAGUAGCAAAAUGCUUGCAGGCACGAGAAAUGGCUUACUGUCCGUACAGCGGGUUUCUAGUCGGUGCUGCCGUUUUGACGACAGGGGGCGCCAUUAUCACCGGCUGCAAUGUUGAGAAUGCCUCCUAUGGCCUUACUGUAUGUGCGGAGAGAACUGCAAUACAGAGAGCGGUCGCAGAAGGCUACCGAAGAUUUACAGCCAUAGCUGUCACAUGUGAUAUCAAAGAUAGUUUUGUGGGACCCUGCGGUGCUUGUCGACAGGUAUUAAUGGAGUUUGGCACAGAAUGGGAUGUUUACCUCACUAAGCCAGAUGGAACCUAUAAGAAGACCAGUCUCAGAGAGCUCUUGCCUUUAGCGUUCACCCCAGCUCACCUGCAAAAGAACUAAAUGCACUGCCCUCAAAUGUAAUUAUUAUAUAUUUUUUUAAUCUAAAUUUAGGAUUGAUACCUACUAUGAAGAAUUAAAAUGUGAAGUGCGCUGUA